AAAACUAUAAACCCUCCAAAUCGCGAAGUUCAAACCACCGCCAAAUCAAAUAUUUCCCUUUAUAUUAACUCGUACAGAAUUUCCCCAUUUCACCAACAAUUCCCACUACGAAUUCUUGCAGUUUCAGUCUCUCUGAGUGAAAAUGUCGGGCCGUGGGAAGGGAGGCAAGGGGCUGGGCAAGGGCGGAGCAAAGCGUCACCGUAAGGUGCUCCGGGACAACAUCCAGGGAAUCACGAAGCCGGCGAUCCGGCGUCUGGCGAGGAGAGGCGGAGUGAAGAGAAUCAGCGGUCUGAUAUACGAGGAGACGAGGGGUGUUCUGAAGAUAUUCCUCGAGAAUGUGAUCAGAGAUGCUGUGACCUACACCGAGCACGCUCGGCGCAAAACCGUCACCGCCAUGGACGUCGUCUAUGCUUUGAAGAGGCAGGGCCGCACCUUAUAUGGAUUUGGUGGUUGAUUUUGCAAUUUCUUUUAAUUUAUCUCUAAAUUUGGUUGUGUUAGGGGUUUUUCCUUUUGCUCUGUUUGUUGGUAGUUUGUGCAUGUUGGUGAAAAAUGUGUAUCUUAAUAGCUUUGAUUAGAACAUCUUUAUGUUGAUUUAUCAGUGCGUAAUCUUCGACAUCUUCUUUCUGUGUUUUA